AUGUAUCCACCUCAGUGGAUGACAAAGAAACAAAUGGACUACCAGGUAUGGACUCCAUCGAUCCAAUACUUUAAAGAAGAAAUAUUCGAAAAAUAUAUACCAAGUUAUUUAGAAGAAUGGACCAUAAAAGGAAAGAUUACCAAUAAUCGUAUCCAAGAACAAUUUCCUAAUCAGGAAAUUUUUGAAGAAUACAAAACGCCAUAUGACAGUGAUGAACAAAACAAUUCGGCCGAAAAACCGAAUUACCU